CAAAACACAUAAUUCUCUACCACACCCUCCAUCUCUCACGUAUCAUCAAAGCUUUUAACGUAGAAAAUGGCAAGCAUUUCAAGUCAACCAAUUCCAAGAAAAUCACCAUUAAUACUUCUUCUCAUCACAAAUCUCUUGUGUCUUAAUGAUUUCGCUGUGUCCGAAUCCAAUCCCUCGCCCUCUCACUUCUCAAGAUUCUCAAGACAGCCAACUCACAAUGCUCAUGACGAACAUGAAUCCGAAGGGCCAUCAAGAAUCGGACACAACAAGAACAUGAAGAAAGAGUUCUAUACGUUGGUCCAAGAAAGCAUGAACCGGGCUAUAUGGGCUCGUUCUCUUGCCCUCAAUCUCACCAUCUCUCGCCGAACCGCUCCGACCCACGUGGUAGAUCCAGCCAACGAUUGUCGAGAACUACUCGACGACACACUCGACAUGUUGUCUCGCAUCUUCGAUGGCCGCGGACACAGUGACGAGGACGACGUCCAUACGUGGCUAAGUGCGGCUCUCACGAAUCAAGAGACCUGCAAGCAGAGUCUCCAAGAAAAGUCAAAGUUCCAUAACCACGACACAACCAUGGACUUCGUCUCGAGAAACCUCAGCAGUCUACUGACCAACUCUCUCGAUCUUUUCGUGUCAGCCAAGGCUAAGGGUCGCCGGAAAUUGUUGUCGGAGAAUUUUCCGGCGUGGGUUUCUUCCUCCACGCGAAAGCUUCUAGAAGCUCCGGUGGAGGAGCUGAGGGUCCACGCGGUGGUAGCGACAGACGGGAGUGGGACCCACAGGAGCGUCGGAGAGGCGCUGACGUUGGCGGCGUCGUUGGCGGGGAGUGGCACAAGCGUAAUUCACGUGAAAGCGGGGACGUAUAAUGAGCACAUCAACAUCCCGACCAAGCAGAAGAACGUUAUGUUGGUUGGAGAUGGAAAGGGCAAGACGGUCAUUGUAGGUAGCAGGAGUAACCGGGGUGGUUGGACUACUUAUCAAUCUGCCACUGUCGCUGCGAUGGGAGACGGGUUCAUAGCUCGGGACAUAACGUUCGUGAACAGUGCCGGUCCGAACGCGGGACAAGCGGUGGCGCUACGAGUCGGGGCGGACAGAGCGGUGGUGUACCGUUGCUCGGCGGAAGGUUACCAGGACACACUUUACACGCACUCGAAGCGGCAAUUCUACCGGGAAACAGACAUUUCGGGCACCGUCGACUUCAUCUUCGGCAACUCCGCCGCCGUGUUCCAGAGCUGCAACAUAAUGGCUCGUAAACCUCUCUCCGGACAGAACAACUUCGUCACGGCUCAGGGACGCAUCAGUUCUAAUCAGAACACCGGUCUAUCCAUCCACAACUGCAGAAUUGGAGCCGCCGAGAGUCUGGGCGGGUCGAAAACGUACCUGGGUCGGCCAUGGAAGCAGUACUCGAGGACGGUGGUCAUGCAAUCUUUCAUCGACGGCUCGAUCCACCCAUCCGGUUGGUCACCGUGGUCCGGCAGUUUCGCCCUUAACACCUUGUUCUACGGUGAGUACGGAAACUCCGGUCCCGGGUCUUCCGUUUCGGGUCGGGUCAAGUGGUCUGGGUACCACCCCUCUCUGACGCUGGCCGAGGCUCAAGGCUUCACAGUUUCAGGUUUCAUCCAAGGCAAUAUGUGGUUGCCUUCUACGGGCGUCUCCUUCGACUCGGGGCUUGUGAAGUGAUUUGGUUGUUUACAAUUAAUUUUAAAAAAAAAUCAAUUAUACUGAUUAUAGUUGACUUUUGAUUAAGCUAAAGAUUGUGGUAAAUAAAUGGAAAUAAUUGUCUAUUAUUGAAAAAUGUUACGUUUUUACUGCAUGCGUCGCUUUUUUUUUUUUUUUUGUUGUUCUUAUUUGUCGACAAGUUUUACCUGUUUGUUAUGUUUUAUUUUCUAUUUUUUUUUUGUUGGUGUUGGAGAUGAUACUCCCUAAUAAAACUUGAACUCGUCACAGCUUU